GGCAUCUAUUCAGCAUUCUCUCUUUUUGCUUGGACUUUGGAGGCUGGAGCGUUGACUUCACAAAAACUUCACAGAUCCGCCGCCCAGCCGUUAUCAGCCUCAAUCACGGUAGUACUCAUACCACAAAAACUUCACAAAUCCGCCGCCCAGCCGUUUUCUGCCUCAAUCACGGUAGUACUCAUACCAAUUUCAUUCAUUUUUUUCAUCUACUCCUCUAAAAAUUCUCUCAAUCCCAGCCAAUCUGAUUCAUUUUUUUUCAUCUACUCCCCACAAAAUUCUCUCAAUCUCAGUGACGUUCACUACAAUCAAGUCAGAAAUUCACUAUAAAACAUUGUCGGAAAGAUUUAUUUUUUACCAUGUUCGAUUCUUUUAUUUUGAUAACCACUGAUUUUCAAAAAACUUCACAAAUCCGCCGCUCACCGGGUGUUGAAACUUCACAAAUCCGCCGCUCACCGGGUGUUGGCAACGGCCGUUCGACCAGAACAGAGCUGUCCACAUGUCGACGACUAAUGGAUGUAUACGCUUGAGUGCCCUCGCCGAAAAAAUGAGAAAUAAAACUGUAACUGUCAGAAUCCUACGCUUGUGGAUUCAAAAGGACAUGUCAGGCAAAGAAGGCAUAGAAAUGAUUGUAGUCGACGAAUGGGGUGAUAAAAUCCAGGCUUCCAUCUCUGCAAGCUACAAGAGUAACUUUUUGCCUUUACUCAAAGAAGGGCAAAUAACAAUGAUGGAAAAAUUUCAACUUGUGGCAAACAAGCCCAAUCUCCAAAAUGCAAAGAUCAAUCAUGCAUGUAAGAUUGGCUUGAGCCUUGCUUCGAAAGUGUCAAUGCCUAAUGAAAAUGUCAAGAUUACCGAAAAUGGUUUUGAUUUCAUUUGUUUCAAGGAUAUAUGCAUGCACGACCCGACAUUUGUCGUGGAUGUUCUUGGUGAAGUUCAGACCCCAAUUAUUAACAUUGAUUGGGUGGAAUUCAAAAAUACCAAAGUUUCCAAGAGUGAUGUCAUUAUUACUGAUACAGACGGGACAAGAUUGACUUGCGUAUUGUGGGGUUCGUUCGCCGAUCAACUAAAGUCAUUUAUGGAUAGCAAGUCGAAAGAGGAUAAAGAGCCUGUUAUAAUUGCAUUGCAAUUUGCAAUGAUAUCAAAAUUCAAAGGGUUAACAAAAGUUUCAACUAUGAAGAAUGCCACACGAUUUUUCAUCAGGCCCGAUAUCCAGGAAGUGAAAGAUUUUAUUCAAAGACGUGGUCUAAGGGGAGAAAUGAGCAUUACGUCAACCACUGAUAUUUCUAGCUGUACUCAAGAUUUGAAAAAUGACAAGUGGUUCAAUACUUCCUUAGCUAGAACCAUUAAAGACAUCAUAAACUCAAAUGAGGUUGGCACCUACACGUGCAAAGGGAUAAUAGUUGACUUUCACCCCACGGAAUCAUGGUACUACGACGCAUGCGGAAAUGAAAGAUGUUACAAAGGAAUUCCCAAGGGAAGCAAAGUAGGAGAUCAUUGCAAAAAGUGCAAUAAACCAAUCAGCAAAGUCAUUAUACGAUAUUGCAUGAGAGUGCUUGUGGAAGAUAGUGGUGAGCAGACGUAUUUUACAUUGUUUGAGGACUGUGCAUUUCAUUUGCUGAAAAAAACUGCUACUCAAUUACUGGAUGAGAUGGAAAGUGAGACUGGUGAUAGAAAUGGGACCCCUGACAUAUUGGCCACGUUGCUAGAGAGAGAAUUUCUCUUUGUAGUCGAAGUGAGUAUGAGAUUUGGUACGUCUGCAUCCACUUCUGAAGAUACUAAGGAAUUUGCAAAGUGGAUACUUGAAUUGUCAUUGUCUUGCUUCAACUCGGAAAUGUUUGGAGAGAGCACCAAGAAGUUUCGAGUUAUUUUUUACCAUGCAGACUCUUAA